AUGCCACGCGCUCGACGAGAGGAGGUGGCGAGCUGCGUGUUCAACGACUACGUGUUUUGUGUUCUCUAUGUUACCCCUGGCAGUGUCGAGGCGUGGCGGAAGACGGUGACAGGCACAGCAGGGCCAAGUGACGUCGACAGCGGUGCGGGCUCUUUUUCUUUACUGAGCAACUGGAAAGUCGUGGAGCAACAGCUGCAGCGGCAUGGCGGCCAAGCCGUGGCGAGCCGGACCUGCACCACGUCGUUGCGCAUCACUCAUAGCAUUAGUGCAACAAAAUUGAUCAACUGGAUUCAGCUCUGUGAGAGCAAACUGGCGCACGUGCGUGCUAAGGCAUCUGCAGAUGUAGUACACCUUCAAUGGCUGGUGAACUGCGUAGAGGCUGGCGCUGGGCUACUGUUGGUACCGUGGUACAUGCUCUACGCCAGCUCUUUCCUCAUGGCCAAAUUUAUGCAGCUACUGGGCACAUAAGAAGGUGCUUGGCACACGACCCUUGCACAGAGAUGCGUCUACCUCACCCCAUCCCCUCGCCAUCACUGUGCGCGUCCACGAGGGCGAGGCACGAGGGCAAGGGCAGCCGAAUGUAGAGAGUAA